AUGAAGAAACAAUUUGGUGGUGACGUUAGUCGCCGUAGAAGAAGAGGUGUCGUCGGAAAGGAGUUGCAGGUUAACGGAGCGGAUUACAGUGGAUACAGGGGUGAAGGUGGAUACGGUGGAUACGGGGUAGAAGAUGGAUACGGUGGAUACAGGGGUAAAGGUGGAUACAGUGGAUAUAAUAGAUAUGGCGGUGAAGGUGGAUACGGUGGAUACGGAAGCUACGGUGGAUACGAAGAAUAUGGUAGAUAUGGUUAUGAGCCCCGUAACACACUACUUUAUAAACCAUCUACCCCAGGCAAUCCGUUUCAAAUAAAUGAGCGAUUCAUGUCUCUUACUGAUUUGAAGAAUUGGUUACAAGAAACGGGAAAGGAGUAUGGUUACGUAAUUGUUACCCGCCGAUCGAAAGAUAUUGGUGGUACUACUGGGAUGGUAUGGGUUGUGUGCGACCGUAGUGGUGAGCACCGUAGUAAAGCAAUAGUUUGGAAUGCUGGUAGUAAAAAAAUCGGUUGCCCAUUUUCAUUACUCGCCAUCCGGGACGUGACGAAUGACACGUGGGAGUUAAAAGUGGAUAACCAGAACCAUAACCAUGAACCUACGACGAGUCUGUUGGGCCACGCUUUUGUGCGAAGAUUUACUGAAGCCGAAUACAAGCUAGUGGAGCAGCUAACUGCUCAAAACAUGGAGCCACGUAUCAUAUUUCAAACCCUAAGAAAGCAGUUCCCCGACAGCCUACAUGUUCAGAAAGACGUGCAAAAUGUGGUACAAAAAAUUAGAGCGACACUAAUGGCACUGGAAAGCCUACUGCAUGACCACCGAAAGGUCACGUUGAAUGCAUUGACGUGGCCCGCGUAAGGUUAAGCUUACUUUUACGCGGCCCGCCUGAAACCCAUGUUUCACAUUUUAUUGAUUUUUGAUAUGGGUUAGGGUUUCAGGGGUCUGGGUUUUCAUUUAUGGGUUGUUUUGGGACAAUUUUGAGAGUCCUUACAGUGCCGUUGACACACGGGGCCAUGUUAGUACAAUAUCUGACAAGCAAUUAAUGAGGAUGAGAGAGAGAUGGGCACGGGGCCGUGCCAGGCGGGCACGGGCCGUGCUGAACCUUCUGUUUACAACUAUAAAUAGGAUUGCUUGGUUCCACUUCAACUCAUCCCUUGGCAAACCACUUCUCUCUCACUUUCCACCACUCCACCACCACUACGACACCAUUAUCCACCACCAUCAUCCAUUUUCCAUCUUUAG